GUGAAAAACAGACUGAGAUGAACAGAGAAAUCGUGGCCUUGAGAGACUCCAAACUUCGGCUUUUAUCAAAACUACGGGCCGAGGCGAAGCAGUUCCAAAGGGUCCGGGGUCUUCUGCCAUCCCAUCUCCAGCGCCUUCCGCCCCCUCUACCAACGAUACGUCCAGAGGAAAUCCAGGACAAGAUACCGUGCACCCGACGCAUCCUGGAGAAAUACAGGCUGCUGAGGGACCAGAGGUUUCAGCGCACAGAGCGGGAGGAUCAGGAGGAAGGCAGAGAUUUGCUCGAGCCACUGGAAAAUGAGGUGGGAGAAACGGAGGGAGUGGGAGAUGCGGCACUUUUAUUUGCAGCCAUUGAAGAAGGAGAAGAGGAGGAGCCCGAAGGAGAGGAAGCAGCAGAGCUGAGCGAGCAGAAGGAGAGCAAAUUGCUGUCCAUGCAGGAUUCUAUCCUAGAAAAGAUGGAGAGCAUGGUUACUCAGUUUGACAAAGAACACUUGACGUGCCUUCAAAAGGCGCAGAUGCUGGACUGGAGGCUAAAACUUGGUCACCUCCGUCAGCUCACACUCUAUCAGGAGCUGCUCCUCCUCGAGGAGGUGGACAAGCGUGAGGAGAUUCUCCAAGAGAAGGUUGACGCACGUGUGAAGGAAGAGAACAACUUGAUGGCUUGGAGUCAAAGUUAUUUGAGCACAUACUGCAGCUUCGUGAACGUCGACUGGACCUGGAGGAACUGCUGA